AUGUCCGAGGUGCUCCAAGACUUCUUCAUCUGUAAGGUAUCCAAGACACCAUUGGAUCCAGACGAGGCCAUAGGAAACGAGUGGAUCUGGCCGCCAUGCGCUCAUACUGAUAUUCUGAAUCGAACGAAUGCCUGGUUUUCCGUGCAACGCGAGGAGGUUGAUGAACUGGCUGGGAGGGUUGUGAGUGAGCAAAAUUCAACAGUGCUUGGUGAACCGCCCCAGUUUCUGGCUUCACCCAGACGCCAUGCUACGCAACCCUUCCCCUCCUACUUUCUUCCUCAAGGGGGGAUUAGUGAUGAAGGAAGGCUUCGCGACGGAAAGGGAAGUCCUCUCAAUGGACAGGGCUCAGAAUCCGAGGUCAUUCUGAGACCAUAA